UUCUUGGCUGGAGAGUAUAUUCAGGGAUUUCCCCUUAAUAAUCACCGACCCUGGGAGCACUUUUUAGUUUCCAAAAUAAAAAUAUGAUCCUCACCCCUCUUGCUUGACAGGGAAAGGCUCUCGCCGGAGCCCAGGGGGGAGCAGUAGCAGCGGCAGCCGAGCUUCCUAGUCUAUUGCCAGCGCCUCUCACUCUGAUCUGUCAGCCCAGCCGAGGGAAAAGGGGGGAAGGAGAAAAAAAAAAAGCAGCUGAAAGGUAAGCAGAGGCGGCCCCAGGCCCGGCCCACAUCCCCGGGCUCCCGUACGGCGGCGGGCUGGGCCGCACGGGCUGGGCGGGCGGCGAGCGCGCUUACGUGAGGCCGGGGAUUCGCCGGCCCACGCCAGGCCCCGGGCGGAGAAUGAAAGGACAAUCUGCUUCAUCUUGAUUCUGCGGCAUUCCAAACUGUGGUAUCCUUGGGGGUUCUCUUAACAUUGCUAUGGUGCAGAAGAUUUAAAAUCAGCUGAUGUUCACAAGGAAUAGAGUCACGUGAUGUAUGAAGGGAAACAUAUACACUUCUCUGAGGUUGACAAUAAGCCCUUGUGCUCAUAUAGCCCCAAACUGUGCAAGCAGAGGCGACUCAACGGCUACGCCUUCUGUAUCAGACACGUUCUGGAGGACAAGACUGCCCCCUUCAAGCAAUGUGAAUAUGUGGCCAAGUAUAACAGCCAACGCUGCACCAACCCCAUCCCCAAAUCAGAGGAUCGUAGGUACUGCAACAGCCACUUGCAGGUACUUGGCUUUAUCCCGAAAAAAGAGAGGAAGAAAAAGAAUGAUCCGAUAGAUGAGGUGAAGGUCAGGCACCAGAUGGAUACCAUGGCCUUUAGCCUGACGGUGCCCACGCUGGCCUUGAAGAUGCCCAACGGACUGGAUGGAAUGUCCCUCUCUCCACCUGGGGCAAGGGUCCCUCUCCACUACCUGGAAACUGAGUUGGAAGACCCAUUUGCUUUCAACGAGGAAGAUGAUGACCUAAAGAAAGGGGCAACUGUGAGAAAGAAGUUACAGAGCAAGUUGGCCCAGAAUCGGCAGCGCCAGAGAGAGACAGAGAUUUUAAAAGUUCGACAAGAGCACUUUAGCCCCCCUCCUGCACCUUCACAGCAGCAGCCUCCACAGCAGCACUCCCACCUGUCACCUUUAUCCACUUCUUUAAAACCUCCAGCGCCACCGCAGGGUUCAGUCUGCAAGUCACCUCAACCUCAGAACACCAGCCUACCAAUGCAGGGAGUGGCACCCACCACACACACUAUAGCACAAGCACGGCAGUUGUCUCACAAGAGGCCUCUGCCCCUCCUGCCAUCCAGUAGGGCUCCCCCCGUGGACCCACCCAGGACUGACCGGAUCCUCAUGAAAGCCACAGCCUUCUCUCCACACUUCUCAUGUAUAAGUCGACUGCAGAGACUGGUGAAACUGUGCACCCAAAAACAUCAGUUGGACACUGAUCUGUUUCCCCAUUUAGGGUUGGACUGGUCUGAAGAGAGUGGAGAGGAACCAGAGGACUCAGAGCAGGCCUCACCCUACCAGGUUGCAUGGUCCAUCCGGGAAACCCUAAGAUAUGAAAGACAUGCGUCAGAUGAUGAUGAUGCGGAGAGUAGGAGCUCCAGGGUGACCCAACUUUGCACUUACUUUCAGCAGAAAUAUAAGCACCUCUGCCGCCUGGAGCGGGCAGAAGCUCGUCAAAAGAAAUGCCGGCAUACGUUUAGGAAAGCUUUGCUGCAGGCAGCCAGUAAAGAACCAGAAUGCACUGGUCAGUUAAUACAAGAACUGCGGAGAGCUGCAUGCAGCGGAACCAGCAUAAGCCGAACCAAGUUGAGGGAGGUGGAACCAGCAGCAUGCAGUGGAACCGUGAAGGGUGAACAGUGCACUAACAAAGCCCUUCCAUUCACCAGACAUUGUUUCCAACAUAUCCUCUUGAACCACUCUCAGCAGCUCUUCUCAAGUUGCACAGCCAAGUUUGCAGAUGGACAGCAGUGCUCUGUGCCAGUUUUUGACAUUACACAUCAGACACCUCUGUGUGAAGAACAUGCCAAAAAAAUGGAUAAUUUCUUGAGAGGAGAUAACUCCCGUAAAGUUCAGCACCAGCAGCAGAGGAAACCCAGGAAAAAAACCAAGCCUCCUGCACUAACCAAAAAACACAAGAAAAAGAGAAGGCGUGGACCUCGUCGACCCCAAAAACCCAUUCCCCCUGCAGUCCCCCAGGGGAACCUCAGCAUGCCCGCCAGCGUCUCACUGCCAGUGGAGGCCUCUCAGAUCCGGAGCCCAUCCACACCAGAGCUGAGUGCUGAUGAGUUGCCGGAUGACAUUGCCAAUGAGAUCACUGACAUUCCACAUGACUUGGAAUUGAACCAGGAGGACUUUUCAGACGUCCUGCCACGGCUACCUGAUGACUUACAAGAUUUUGAUUUUUUUGAAGGGAAGAAUGGAGACCUCCUUCCAACUACCGAAGAGGCUGAGGAGCUUGAGCGGGCCUUGCAGGCUGUAACUUCUCUCGAGUGCCUGAGUACCAUUGGGGUCCUUGCCCAGUCAGAUGGUGUGCCAGUCCAGGAGUUGUCAGAUAGAGGAAUAGGGGUGUUCUCCACAGGUACUGGAGCUUCAGGAAUACAAUCCUUGAGCCGAGAAGUGAACACAGACCUAGGGGAGCUAUUGAAUGGGCGUAUAGUACAUGAUAAUUUUUCUAGUCUAGAGCUGGAUGAGAACCUGCUCCGUUCUGCCACCUUGUCAAACCCACCUACACCCCUGGCAGGGCAGAUCCAGGGGCAGUUCUCUGCCCCAGCCAACGUUGGCCUUACUUCUGCCACUCUGAUCAGCCAGAGUGCACUUGGGGAGAGAGCCUUCCCAGGACAGUUUCAUGGACUUCAUGACGGCAGCCAUGCCUCCCAGAGGCCACAUCCUGCCCAGCUGCUGAGCAAGGCAGAUGACCUAAUCACCUCACGACAGCAAUACAGCAGUGAUCACUCACACUCCUCGCCCCAUGGAAGCCAUUAUGAUAGUGAGCAUGUGCCGUCUCCCUACAGUGACCAUAUCACCUCUCCCCACACAACAUCGUACUCUGGUGAUAAUAUGGCAGCUACCUUUUCAGCAGAGAUGCCCAUCAUGGCGCAGCACUUGCUCCCAACCCAACUUGAGGUGCCACUUGGAGGAGUGGUAAACCCCAGAACUCACUGGGGCAAUCUCCCCGUCAACCUCGGAGAUCCCUCUCCAUUUAGCAACCUUCUCGGCGCAGAUGGACAUCUUCUUUCCACUUCCCUAUCCACGCCACCCACCACUUCGAACUCAGAGACCACACAGCCUGCCUUCGCCACCGUGACCCCCAGCAGUUCCAGUGUGCUUCCGGGGUUACCGCAGACCAGCUUCAGUGGCAUGGGGCCUUCUGCUGAACUAAUGGCCUCCACCUCUCCCAAGCAGCAACUCCCUCAGUUCAGCGCAGCCUUUGGCCACCAGCUGAGUUCUCACAGUGGCAUUCCUAAGGACCUGCAGCCCAGCCACAGCUCUAUAGCCCCUCCUACAGGCUUCACAGUAACAGGUGCCACAGCUACAAGUACCAAUAAUGCAUCUUCUCCCUUUCCCUCCCCUAACUGAAGGUGUCUGUGUGUUUGCAGGCAGGUGGGGAACCCAGUGUUUUCUAUCUCUGUUUCCUCUUUAGCAUCCCUCUCCCCUUUUCCUAAAGAAGAUUUAAAAAAUAACAGAUGGGGAUUAGAGGGGCACCCCCCUUCCCAGUUCAAUAAGUGGCCCUGCAGUGGACCUCGCUACAGUGUUCACAUGUGCUCCUUAGCACUGGUGCUCAUUCCCUCCUGGCAGGCCCACUCCGCCCCAGUGGUUUCCUUAGUGGUUCAGCACAGUGACUGGAUAGGAUUGAUUUUUAGCAGCAAGUCCUAGAAGUGGAAGAUACCUCAGAAUACCAGUGCCCUUUACUAUUUCCUAGUAUUCAGAUCAAUGCUUUCCAUUCUAUUGCCAGGUUUUUACAUAGGUGGUUCUAGAUAGAAUGAUCAUAUUAAUUCAGUUCCUGUAUAAGAGACAGCAAAUGGUGUGUGGCAGGUCAAGACUCUGACUUAGCACCAACUGCUAAACAUCACAGUGAGGCCAGGAUUUCAUUCCUAAUUGUGAUCAUGUUUAACUAAAAGAAAAAAAUGUGUCUUUUGACUGCCUGUGAGUAUGUGUGUGCCCACGCGUGUGUUUUUGUGCAGUGCAGGAAGCAGCAGUCCCAUUAGUUUGUUUUUUGUUUUGUUUUGUUUUUCCCCUCUAAUGAGUAUAAGGCUCUUACUUUUCUCCUCUCCUAUAUCUCACAAUCCUAAUAAGGUUGGUCCUUCUUUUCCUCAAGUUUCUGAAUAGGGAGGAUGGUGGGCUGGUUGUGUGAAUAGCACAACCUUUUUCUGCUUAAAACCCAAGAAGAAACAGAACAUAGAAAGCUUGGAUUCCUGUUGGUGAGGUAGGGAUGUUCUGGAAAGCUUGCCUGGGGCAACUGCAGGCUGCAGGGGUUCUGGGGCCUGAUGGUCCCUUUGCCUUUUUGGGCAUUUGUUUGUUUGUAAAUCCCUCUCUCGUGGAAUACAUUUGCAAGAUGUAAUUAAAGAAAAUAUUUUGAUGUGAAAAAGCAGGAUAGGUCGGAAAGGUUUGAAAAGAUGGGAUCUGUGAACUCCUCGAUCCAUCUUUUGCUUUUGAAUUUUUCAUGUUUACAGUAGUGAUUCUUUGGUAAGGUUUGUAAAAUGUGGAAGACACUUGUAGAAUCAGUGUACCAGUUGUGAAGUGAUGUGUAAUAUCUGAAGGAUACACAUUUUAAAGUUUCUUUCAAAGCAGAAUAUGGAAAUUAGACAUAAAUUUUAUCUAUCCUUUGGUACUUUUAAAAUAAUUUAAGUACUUGGGUUUAAGUAAAUUUGAAAAUAGUUUUGGGAGAUGUUUUUAAAAUGCCACAAUUUUAGGGUUAAAAAUCAUAUUGGGUAGUUUAGGAAGUUCGUGACUAUGAAAUGAAUUUGUGAGGUUUUUUGCCUGCCUUUUUUUCCCCCCCAGAGAAGGGUGGAACUAGGUUCGAAAGGCAUCUCUACUAUGCUUUUGCUGAGUAGUUUCACUGUCCCUUGAGAUACCAUUGGCUAUUUAUACCUGAAUCUAGUCUAAUUUUACAUAUAUAUAUAUACACACACAUAUAUAUAUAUUUUAAAAGUUAAGUAGAGAGAACAUAUCUAUUGAUGUGGUUCAAUAAUUCAUUUGUCAGGGAAUAUUUGAUCUUAAUUCCUUUCUGAUAGGUAAUGAUUGGAUGUAUUUUCCUACUUCCUAUACAUAAUCUCUCUAUGCCAUGCUAGUUCUAACCAGUCCCUUCUUUUGAAAUCUUUUCUUUCUCUGCUUUUGAAAGGAAUGAUGGUGAUCAGCAGGCAUUAUGCAGAUACCACGUGCCUGAGGUUAUGGAGGGGAAAUGUCACAUGACUGUAUGAAAUCAUUAUAUGCCCUAUUUUGUAUUUAUUGAUGUUUCUUUUUGUGGGCCAAAAAUAUGUUUGUAAUAUAGUUAGGUUUUUUUUACAUCAUGGUAAUUGAUUGGAAGAUUUAUUUUUAAUAGCUUUGCCUUUUUUGCAGAGUGCAAAAUUUCUGAAUUAUAACUUAUGUCAUAAAGCAAAAUUAUAUUUGGUAUCACCAUAAAUUUCUAUUCUGAAUGGUGAGAACAGAUAAUUUGAAUAUUUCUCACCUGUGAAUCUAUAUUAGUAAGCUUUUUUUAUUUUAAUGUACUGUAAUGAAGUGGUCAUGAGUAGUUACCUCUGCUCAAAAAUGUCAUUUAGUUUGUUAAACUAUCUUCACAAACCAUCAUAAGCAUCACUAGGUAACUGUCCAUCCCAAGCAAUUUGGUUUAGUCUCCAUUGUGUAUUAAUUAAAGGUUGUCGCAGAGCAACACGUUGACUUCCUCAUCAGCCCUUUGACAGUGAAGGGAAAGUCGUGGGUAGUCGAUUUGAACUUUUUCUGACUGUUUCUCCCUCUGUUAGCUGCUUAAAAGUUCUUCAGUUAUGAUACAAAGCUGAGUUUGCAGUAAGUUGCACAUUUUAUUGUUUGCAAUUUUCUGUUUUAUGUGCAUUUGAAAGCCCUUCUCUGCUUACUAGUAAGGAGGCGUGAAAUUAUCAGGAAUGUUGCUAGUUACAGCUUCACACCAAAAACUUUGAGUAAUUGCGUUUUCGUUUGGUUGCCCAUGAUGAAAGCUGAGGAAAGGGCACUUUUAGAAAUACCAGUGUAGGGUUGAGGAAUUACCAACAACAAAUUUUUCCUCUUAUUUUAUCUAGUUCAAAACAGAUAUCCAAGUUUGCAAUUUGCUUUGCUCUUGCUGUUUCUUGUGAGUUUCUUUUUUGGAAGAGAGAAGAACAUCUGUAAGCCCAGAGAUUAUCUCUAUGUGUUUUCCUUUAUUUAAUAGAGCCAUUCUUGUCUAUUAGUAGUUACUUUGCUAUUAAUAUGUAUAAAAAGGAAUGAAGUGUCUUUUACUUCAGAAAUAUGAAAAUUAAUAUCUUUUAAACUAGCACUUAUGUUAUCAUAAGACAAUACUGGAAUCAAAAACAAAUCUUAUAUAAGGUCCUAAUGAGGUAGAAACUAGCUUUUAUUCUAGUGUUAAACCCGUGAGAAAUAGUGGCAAAGAAGUUUCACUCUGUUUCUGCAGUUCUUUGGGACUAUUUAUAAAGGCCAGUUAGAUUUUGUUACUGUGAUUUAAUUUACAAAGUUCCUGCAGUUAAUGGAUGCAUUCUGGGCUCUGAGAAUCUGAAUUCCAUUCUAAUGUGUGAUAUUCACUGGCUGUAAUCAGAAGAAAAGAUGGGCUUUCUCUCCUUUACUCUCUCUACAUAAUUAUUAAUUUUAUUUUAAUUAAAGUACUUAAGACAUUGUUUUUUCUUCUGUAAAAAUGGCUUAGCAAUUUGCACAUCUGGGUAGGUAAUGUAGCUAGUAAACAACUCAUAGUAGUAAGUAGCAAUUAUACUUAACCCACCAAAUGACAGACUAUGCAAUGGAAAAAUUUCUAAUUAUCGUCACAUAGCUUAGACAGCAAAGGAUUAUUUUCUCUAGUAACCUACCACGUGUGUUAUAACUGCUUUAUAAAUGACUUCCUGAGCAAUUUCAUGUUGGCAGGCAGUGUAGUGUGUCUAGUGUCCCUCUAUGAGAAGACUAUAAUUUAAUCAGAAGCAAAUAGUAGGCAUGGGGAGCAAAUUGGAAAGUGAGGUUAUUAUUUUUUUUUCCCUUAAAGUUGGUGUUACUGUCUUUAGUGGCUUAAGGCUAAAGAAAGUUAAUACUUUAUCUUUGCCAAAUAAUUAUUUAUAAGAUUUAUUUUUAAAAUAAGCCCAAUCUCUGACCUGAAAGUUGGGAAUCAUUGUUUUCUGUGACUGACACUAAAGCUCCUCCUUAUCGGAGCUUGUUCUCAAUCCGUGAUCACAGUCCACAGUGGCAAAGACAGCUCUUUGAUUAGGAAGGAAACUGUGGUUGUGAUGCACAGAGGUGCCCUGUCCAUACAGUUUUCUUCUUACGUGAAAGAACUGACCUUUCUGUUGACCUGUACCAUUCUGUUUUUAUGAAGUGGGAUUAGAAUUUGAGCAUAUCUAGUAAAUGCCGUGGUGUCAGUCCGUCCGUGCUUGCCCACCAUCUUUCCCAUGCCUUGGCAUUCUAGGGGUGCUGGUGAUGGUUGAUGGGCAUCAUCAGUCAGCAGUGCACAUGGGAGGCAAUCAAUCGUCUUUCCUCCAGGUUAGUUCAGAAGGUCGCUGUGGGUUGGUAUUGCAAAAAGAUGAGGAUUUUAACACUAAACUAAGAGGUUUGAAAUUCAUUAAAAAAUAUUUUUGGGUGUCUAGUUUUUAGUUUCUUCAUCUUUCUUUUUAGACUUCUUUUAAAAUUCUGUUCUUAAUCUGGUAUAUAUAGAAAUAGAAUAUAAUGGUCUUCUAAAUGGUCAACAGAACUCUCUAGUUUAAUGAGGCAACUUAGAGGAUUCCUUGAAAGAAAAUUUAGUCAUACUGAACAGUCUUCAUUUGUAUCUUUUUUAUCACCAGUAUUUACAUUGUUCCAAAGAUUUUUUUUUCCUGACAAAAAAUAUGUUUCUUGGGGGUGGAGAUCAUAUAUAUAUACUUACAUAUAUAUAUAUAUAUGUGUGUGUUUGUGUGUGUGUGUGUGUGUGUGUGUGUGUGUGUUCUUUCGUAUCUAAAGGAACAUAUCAAAAUCUAUGUUCUUUCAUAUAUAUAUGAAAGAACAUAGAUUCCCCCCCCAAUAAAUUAAAAAUAACUAAAUCUUCACUGGCAUUCUGUAGAAAAGUUAAACAGUUUAAUAAUGUCUUAACAUCUUUAUAAACUUGGUUUCUAGAGGGAACCAAAAGCAUGUUUAGUACCUUAAAGUAACAUUUUAAAUACUACCUUUCCAAUAAUUUGUAAUAAAAUACCAGCGAAGGAUAUAUUUGGAUAUCUGUUAAACAUUUUUCCCUAAUGUUUUAGGAAAGAAAUGAAUUAGGAAAGAAAACAUAAAUGGUUAUGUCUCUUCUAAUAAACAGUGUCGUUGUGUCAUUAAUGCUGCAGCUGCGGGUCAAACUUAGGGAGCCUUAUUUCUUUUCUUCUCUCUCUCUUUUUUUUUUUUUUUUUUUGAGAUGAAAUCUUGCUCUGUCACCCAGGCUGGAGUACAAUGGCAUGAUCACAGCUCAGUGCAACCUCCACCUCCCGGGUUCAAGCAAUUCUCCUGCCUCAGCCUCCUGAGUAGCUGGGAUUACAGGCACCCACCACCGCGCUCAACUGAUUUUUGUAUUUUUUAGUAGAGACAGAGUUUCACCAUCUUGGCCAGGCUGUCUUGAAUUCCUGACCUUGUCAUCCACCUGCCUCGGCCUCCCAAAGUGCUGGGAUUACAGGUGUGAGCCACCACGCCCAGCCAGGAGCCUUAUUUCUAAAUAGCAAAAAUUCUGUUUUCACUUCAGCCCUUAUUUUUUUGGUUAGUUUUUCUCUUUCUGCACUGUGAUACAGAGCUAAUUAAAGGAAAUGUGACGUUUCAGAGAGAGAGCCAGCAACUUUGGUAUGACAUUUUUUUUUACCUUAUGUUCCUCAGUACUGGGGAUGUUUGGCUACUUUGAACAGCAGAGUUUUUAGUGAUCUAAAGUUUAGAAUGAUAAUCUUAAAAGAAAACAGCUAUCUGACUCUCAGUGAGCUGUGUAGGGCAGCACAGCUUUCCAUCUUCUCUUCCGCCUGCUUGCCUCUGCCCACCACAGUCCUGAAGUAUGCACAUGUACACAUGAUCUGUACCGAUCGCGGCCGAAGAGUAAUAGAAUCCUCUUCUUUCACUUGUUUUUUUCCUUUUUUUUUUCUUUGUUCAUUUUCAUUUGUUUUUUAAGCUGGGGACCACUGAAGUAAGCUCUAUAUGCACCCAAAGUUCCCCCUCGGAAAAAUUUUCAGCAUGCAGUACAGAAGGCUCCAAUGCAGCUAAAUGCCACGCCAUUGCUUUUACUUGGGGGAAUAGACUUAUUUGCCCUGAAAUGACUCCAGCCUGCGUCAUUAAGGUACAGUUGGCUCCAACGGAUUAGUGCUGAAAUGAUGGGAAGUUUGACACUUGUUGACAUUGUCUUCAUCUGUUUGGAAGGGUUGAAUCUGUUCCUCUCAACAGUGAUAGUUCUUUUCACUGUAUAGUAUUGAGUAUGUCUCAGGGAUUCCUUGUGGAAAUUAGGGCAGUUUUUAAAAAUAAGAAAAUAGUUUUAAAAGAAACUAAAGGUGACUCAUCAUUGAAGAGAGCGGAAGAAAGAGGAAACAUUUGGUGUUGUAGCCCACAGUGUCUUGCAUAGGACUUUUUCCUUUCUCCUCCAGGCUCUCAUCUCAGCUUCAGAAUACAGAAUCCUUUCCCACCACGCACAGCUUUAAAACUUUUAUUUAAAAAUUUCCUUCCCCAAUGAGCUUUCAGAAUACUUAUUGUAGAUUUUAAGAGAAAAGGUAUAUUAAUUUAUGCUGUUAACAUCACCUCAUAAAUUAUAAGUUUUAUACUAAAGCUGUAUUGAGUAUAAUGAAUUAUGUUGCCUAUGUGUUUAAUAGCUAAAUAUAUAUGAGCUUUUUUUUUUUUUUUUUUUUGACAAACUAGUGAAGCACCUUUUUACACUGGAUCUCUGCCGUGUCAAGGUGUAUAGCUAUCCUUUGCUACCUUGCAGAUAUAUAAAAUAAAAGGAUAUCCUGGGGCCUCAAAAUGUAGAACACCUUUAGACGAUUUAUAACUGUUCCUAGAACUGUUGAGAAUCAUGUUCUUUAGUAAAUGAUCUGUGGUUUACACUUAAGAUGGCUAGAAGCUUAGUUACAGGGUACAUAGAAAUACAUAGAUCAAGUAAAACUCCAACUACUGUAGCUGGAAUUUGUAAACUAAGUUUUUAAGACCUUUUAUUUCCUAUGGAUUUAUUCUUUAAUUUACAGUUAUUCUGUAAGUUGGGAAGUAAAAUAGAGAAAAUAAUUAAUCUAGAUGUUCUCAGCGUCUUAUUCAGGAACUUUUUACCCUCCUCACUAAGGAAUUCCCACUGUGACUUUAAAAUAGAAUUAAAUUACUCGUGUGCAUGUAUAUGUCUGUAUUUUUUACACACAUGCAAAAAUAUACAUUGAGGGCACGUGUGUGAGAGAUAUGAAUGUGUGCUUAUAUAAAAAUAGAUAAAGGUAACUGAAUGUAUUGUAGAAACAUGAUUUAUUUAGUUGAGGGUAUAGGAGUUACUUUCUCAUUGUCUCUGUUGUAUAAAUACACCAAAUUCAUCAUUAUGUUAUCUUAUGUUCAAAGGCUAGCUCUGAUAUCAUGUGCAUUUUAUGUUAACCUUUGGAUUAACUUACAUUAUGCUGUGUUCAUAAAAUGACAUGAGAAACAGGAGGUUCUGAGAUUAGCCUCUCACUUUUGAGCAUAAAAAUAAGAGAGGGAGACAGACAGACCCAGACAUGAGCUGUGUUUAUCUAUUGUGGUGAUGGGACCAGAGAUCUGUUGAACUUUUUUUAUGUUAACAAUAGAUUUCUUCAUAUUCUGAGUAAACAAAUAUUGUUGAUCAUCUUUUCUUGGUGAAGUUAAGAAAAAGUAUAUGCCUUUCAUAAAGAAUUUUUGGAAGGGGCUACUUUGUUUAAGGAGUUGGUGGCAUCAUUUCACUGUGCAUAUUUCAAAGCUGGGGUGGGGUGAUUCCAAAAUUUUUCAAAAAACUUGUAUUCAUUGUGCUGUUAAUUUAUUAAGAGUGCUCCUUUCCCCAUAUUUUAGCUAUAGGAAAAAUUGUACUACCCCUGAUUCAUAUGGAUUAAAAAUAAUACAUCCAUUAUUCUGAAUUUUAAGUUGUCAUUUUGCUAUACAUUCAUUACUGGAGUAUCUGGUGGUCUGAAAUAGUCAAAAUUAGAGUUAUUAUUAAAUGCUCCAAUUAAAUUUAUUUUUAAUACUUAAAAUAUCAUGUACUUUGAAAUAUGUCAAAACAACUUCUGAUAAUAUACCUGAAUUUGUAGUUGUCUCAUGCGUCAUUUACUUCAUCUUAGAUAUAGUGAAGACCUAGGAAAGCUCUAUAUGCUGUUCUUUUCUACAGUUGUAUUUUUGCAGCAUCUCCCAGUUUCAUUCACUCUUGUUUUGGGAUUUUUUUUAAUCUGCAUAUUUCUUGUACAUAUGCAUGCAAAUGAAAGAAGGGAGUUUGUACUGGUGCCAUUUCUCCCUUCAGUUGCUGGUUAAUGGGAUUUGCUAGAAUAAAUUCUCCUGAUUGAAGGGUGAAAACAGACCCUUAUGUGUAUAUCUGUACAGAGAUGUGUAUAUGGGAUGUGGUGGCACUUUGCUGAAUGUGAACUUGCCUUGUCAAUGGAAAGAUUGAAAAGUAUUAUGUUUAUUUAUACAUUUGUAUAAAUCUAUAUAUACACGUAUGUAUAUGUGUGUGUAUAGAUAAAGCUAUAUACAUAUAUUUCCCUUAAAAAUGUGUGUGUAUAAUAGGCAAACAGCCUUUGUUAAGCAAGAUUGACGUCUAUGGAAAGUUCUGGAUUAUUCUGUAAGCCAGAGGAGGUGACAGUCUAGAGUACAUCAUCAGAACAUACUAAAAUGGAAAUCCUUUGGAUUAUAGUCUUGUUUAUGGAUAUUACACAAUGAAUGCCUGUCUGAACAAUUCUUACUUGCCAGUUCCACUCUUCUUCAUCUUUACCACCUUCUACUAGUCAGUCUCUCAUCACUUUAAAAAGAAAAGUCACACAUCAUUGUGUUUUCCCCCCUUAGUUCUGUCUUUUCUAGCCAGAAGCAUUUGGCGUAAGUGUAUUUCAUCAACUUCUCUGUUAUUUCUUUUAAAGAUCUUUAUCUCUGAAAUUUUCCUAGAAGAUACAAGUUUUGGUAAUAUUAUCAAUAGUAAUUUGGAGAAUUGGGCAUUCAUCUUUGUCUCAAAAACAAACAGAAAGCCAACCUUCAAAUAAAAUGAAUUUGAAAGUUUUAUCUCAGUAAUUUGGGGACAUUUUACUUAAAAAAGAACAUAAUUAUGAUUUAUGAUUGAUAUUAGUGUUAGAUUUAUUUCCACACCUACUGCCAUUAAUUUGUCAUUUACAUAUUUUUAUUUGUAGUUUAAUCAUAACUUCACCAUUUACAUUUUAAUGGAAAGCAUCCAAGAUCAUGUGUAAGCCUCUUGAAUUCUGUAACUAACUCAUUUUUCUCAUGAUGAAACUGCUUUGAUGAAUUUCUGUGUGUUGAAUUCUGCUAUAUCUCCUUUUGACUUUUCUCAGUUUGUGACAUUCUGUAUUAACUUUGCUGCAGCUCUCUAGAAAACUUGCAUCCCUAUAUAUUGUGCCUUUAAAGCUCUUAUGCACACACAGACAAAAGUGUAUAUAUACAUGUCAGAGCAUGUGUACAUAUGCUUUCGUAUGUACUCACACAGUAUGUCUCUGGUAUAUAUUGUGGGAGUAGAUAUAUAGAUAUUCAAAGGCAAUGAAAUAUUGCUCUCUAGAUAUAUAUGUAUAUAAAUAGUGUUGAUAUAACUGUAUAUACACAUGUAUAUGUAUGAGUUUUAAAUGGCAAUCUUUUACAUUUAGCAAAAUGCUGCCCCUACUGGAAUAUUGUCACUGCAGUGGCAGUUGUAUGUAAUGAUUUAAAAUACAUUAUCAAAAGUUAUUUAAAGAACAUUUAAAAGUCUCAUCUAAAGACAUCACACACUAUUUAUUUAUCUUCCUUUUUCUUUUAUUGUUGUAUGUUUUUUUUAACUGAAAGGGAGACUGUCAUUUAUAAAAUACCAUCUGUCCCAUGAGAGUAAGAAAGAGCUGGAGGUUCACUUGAGGAGCUUUGUCAUUUUUCCUCUCUCUGAAGUGGAGAUGUACCACAGACCAGACUGUUUAUUUCACAUAUAAAGCGAUCCUAAUAUUUCCAUUCAUGUAUGUCAUCGUCAUCCGCCGUCUCCUAGAUCAACUUAAUUCACCAAUACGCCUCCUCCUUUCAUUAAUAAGUAAUGCUUAUUGAGAUCAUUUUACCUGAGGGAAGUUAACUACUCUCAUGCUGCAGGGAAAUAUAUAACCUAACUCUUAUUUCGCCUUGUUCAAAAUUCAAAUCUGAAAGAAGGCAGCUCUCUCAUGAAGCUGUCUUACGCACGUUUUAGUUAAGGGCCUUCCCAAACUUUUUUUUUUUUUUUUUUUUUUUGAGAGUUCCAAGUUGCAUGUGCUUGAAAUAGAUUUAAUUCUUAUCUCCCACUAUUUCAGGUAUUUUUCAUUAGUACAUCAGUUUGACACAUUGAAUGCAAGACUAUUAAGGAAGAACUCUUGAAUAUUAUUUUAUUUUGUGAAGAGUUGGCAGCAGAUUACAUCUCAAGAACUUGCAGAGAGAGGAAGGUAGAUAGACAAUCCUAAAUUGUAAGAUGUUAGAAAAAACAGUGAAGUAAGAAUACUCCUGAAGACUAAAAUAGAGAGGUUGGGAUUUGAGUGGUUUUACUCAGUAGCUUAGCUGGAGCCUGAUAUCAGAAGUAGCCUUUAACAAAAAGCCUGUUGGCAAUUGUAUGGUACUAACAACUAGAGUACUGAAGUGUAAGUCGAAACCAAGUUGCAGUGGGAAAUCAAAGGUGAGGUAGCUUAUUUGAAACCGGUAAAUGAGACAGGUUGGACAGUUUUAAAAUCUCUUCUGACAAAGAAACUGCACGGUAGCAAGGACUAGCAGUUCUCAAAGCCCUUUUUCAGUGUUCUCAUUCACCUGGGCACACAAGUAUGUUUAACAGGCCAUGCACUAAAAAAUAAUUACAAAAACAUAAAAGCUGCUUAAAGGGAACUUACAAACUGAGAAUCUCUCCUCUGUGUUUGUAUUCAUAGUGGCUGUGAAUUUAAUUAUGUGCACAAAAGCCAGGAGCCACUUGUCUGCACAGACUGUAGCAGCAAGAUGAGGAGAUGGGCAGGUUUUGAUAAGAGCCCCCAGUUCUGAUGGAAAGGCAUAUCUGUGGUAUUGGGUACAGCACUGCUGGGGGAGACCAUGUUUUGGGAAGUGAUUGGCUUUUGGUUUGUGAUUUCCCUUUAAACAAGAAGAGAUGGUUCACAUUUUCCAUAUAUAUCUCAAUGAAUGUACUGUAUUACUGUUUUAAAAAUUUGAUGAAAUAAUAAUGAAUUGGUCUCCUUUUGUUAUCUGGUCCUUGUUUAAUUUGUUUAAGGGUUUUUGUAUACAAAAGUUUACAUUUUUAUGUAUAUUUUUCUUGUGUAAAAACUGAUGUAAUAUGUGUAUGAAACACUGUAUGUAUUAUCUGUAUAUAGUGUGACAAAAUCAUUUUUCUUUCUUUCUUUUGGAUGUAUUAAUAAAUCUUGCUGUGAAGUA